AUGCCGUGUGCACUCUGCGCCAAAUCGUUCAACCUCAUCCGACGGCGCCACUCGUGCGUCGUAUGCAGUGCAGCCAUUUGCCGCGACUGCGCCGGCGACAGCAACAAAUGCCUCCACUGCAAGGAGGCGGCCGCGACCAUCCUUCCGUCCAAGCCCACCACAUCGCCCAAGCUCCUCUUGAGCUACCGCGGGACGCGCAAGCCAGCCAAGCAAGACGGCGUCUCACGGCGGCCGUCGCCACUUCCGAUUCCUGCGCGCCGGCCGUGGGUGCUCACAACGCCGUUGCAUUCGACACCCGCACACGAACCAGCUGCAGCGCAAGAGACGUUUGACGCAGCAGACUUUAUCGACGACCACGCCGAGACCGACCACGACGACCCGAUUGCGUUCCUGUCCGUGCGAUGCGUUCGCGUGGAGCCCCACGUGGCGGCUUUGCGCGCGCACGGGCCGCUGAGCAACCUGCUGCACCAGGCGGCUUUUGCGGCCAACGCCACGAUCGCCAGCAUCCAGCUCAUUGAUCGCCACCGCGUCUUUGCGGUCGCCGCGUACGGCUACAACGACUGGAGCCAAGGCGUGUGGGACCAUUCGAUGCUCGUGCAGUCGCUCGAGGCGACGCCGGUGCCGGGGACCUCGAGCUUUCAAGGCGUUGGCCACUUGACGAGCCAUCCGUGGAGUGCGCAGCCGCAUGUCAAGACGUUUAUGAGCAUCCCGGUCAUGGUCGACGACGACGACUGCAUCGGGACACUCGACUUGGCCUCGACGUCGUUCACGGUGCCAACGCCCGAGAGCAUUCAGGAACUCCAAGUGAUUGCGCAGUCGCUCGGCCCGAUGCUCGUGGGCCUCAUUGACGCGUGGCCGGCCAGCCCACAAACGAACAUGCGCCUCGAUGCGACGCCGACCUCGUAUGGCGAAGCCCACGAGAUGAUGCAGGCGCUCAUCGCCAAAGCCGAACACACGGCCGACGUCGUGCGCUCCCAGCGGUCGCUCGCGAUCAAGCCGCUGGCGUCGUCCGAGAUUGGCAUUUGCUCGAUUUAG